ACACACCUCUAUUAAGCAUUAGUCACAGAUUGUCCGAAGCAAGAGAAAAGAGCAGAACCAUGAAGAAAUUUCUCCUGGUUAUUUUUGUUGUUGCUGCAUCAAUAUUGUUACUCAUGUCAUCGAUUUCUGAUUCCGCUCGCGAUGGAUUCACGCUGCCAAAACAUGCGAUUGAGAAGUCGAGCGGGUGGGACGCCUUUAGAUCUAUCACAGUUGAUUCGGAGCCAAUGAUGAAGGAAGACAACAAUAUUGUUGUUGACCACAAAGUAGAAGAUGAAGAUGAUAAAGAAGAUGGUGCCAAAUACCGUCGUAAUAUGGGAGGAAUUUCAACUGAUUCUGAGGUUCAUGGUAGUGAUAGUGGGCAUGCUGGACAUGGCAAUGGUGGACGCUAGAGUAUCACUCAGGUGGGUUCGAAUAUUAGUUGUUGCUUAUAUUUAGCAACAAAAAUUAUAUAUUUGGCUUAAAAUUCUAUUUAUAUAUAUAUAUAGUCGGUAACAUAUAUAAACUUUGAAUUGUUGGGAAAUUUAACUUAAUAUAUGUAAUUGUGGUCAUUACUUGAUUAUUUUAAUGUCGUCCUUAUCGAGAUUAGAGCAUAAAACUGAUAGUCUUG